CUGGAGAUGGACAGCACGAAACGCGGGCGGCAUGACAGCUCCCCAGCCCGGGCGGAUCCCUAUCUGACUCCGGUGAAACGGGCGAAGACGGGGUACGGGUCACGGAACUGGGACCACAGAGACUGGGAUGUGGAGGACGUGUGUGUUUUCCUAGAGAGCCGCGGGCUUGGCCAGUUUCAGGAGAUAUUUAGAGAAAACAAAAUAAAAGGAAUCAUUCUGCAGGAUCUAACUGAAGAGCACUUGAAAGAACUGAACAUCAGCCCUGUAGGGUUGCGUGUCGAAUUGCUCAAGUGUCUACGAACACUGUGUCAAAACUCUCCUAGUAUGAAGGUUUUCAAUGACCCGAUACAUGGUCAUAUUGAAUUACACCCCUUAUUGGUACGCAUUAUAGACACUCCUCAGUUCCAGCGGCUGCGAUAUAUUAGGCAGCUCGGAGGCAGCUACUAUGUGUUUCCUGGAGCCUCUCACAACAGAUUUGAGCACUCCAUUGGUGUUGGUCACCUGGCAGGAUGCCUUGUUCAGGUCUUACAUGAGCGGCAGCCAGAACUUCAGAUAAACCAGAGGGACAUGCUGUGUGUCCAGAUUGCUGGCUUGUGUCAUGACUUGGGUCAUGGGCCAUUUUCUCAUAUGUUUGAUGGGAGAUUUAUGCCUCUUGCUAAUCCAAAGAAAGAUUUCAAGCACGAAGCUGCUUCUGUGAAGAUGUUUGAUCACCUAAUUAAAUCCAAUGGAUUGGAAAGCAUAAUGAAAGAGUAUGGCUUUCACUUACCUGAAGAUUUAAACUUUAUAAAGGAACAAAUAGCUGGGCCUCUGGCUCAUGAAGAUCUAGAGCAGUUUAACUCGAGUCAGAGUAGUUCCUCAUGGCCCUAUGUUGGGCGUCAAGAAGAGAAAUGCUUCCUUUAUGAGAUCGUAGCCAACAAACGAAAUGGCAUUGAUGUGGAUAAAUGGGACUACUUUGCCAGAGACUGUCAUCAUCUUGGUAUUCAAAAUAACUUUGACUAUAAAAGGUUUCUCAAGUUUGCCAGAGUAUGUGAGGUCGGAAACAAGAAGCACAUAUGUACUAGAGACAAGGAAGUUGGGAAUCUAUACGAUAUGUUUCAUACACGGAACUGCCUUCACCGGAGGGCAUACCAACAUAAAGUUGGCAACCUCAUUGAAACAAUGAUUACAGAUGCUUUCUUAAAAGCUGACCCACAUAUUGGGAUAGAAGGAUCAGAUGGGAAUCUCUACACUAUCUCUGGUUCCGUGGAUGACAUGGAGGCAUAUACCAAGCUUACAGACCACAUUUUUCUGCAGAUCCUGUACUCCAAUGAUCCCAGCCUGUCUGAAGCCAAAGAGAUAUUACGCAAAGUAGAACGACGGGAACUUUAUAAAUAUGUUGGACAGACACAUCCCAGCACCAGGAUUAAGCCGGAUGAGUACGAUCGAUUACCGGCUGAAUUGGCAAGUUCCACUCCCCAGAUCUCCACGACAGACAUCCGUCUCAGCUCAGAUGAUUUCAUAGUGGAUGUUAUUCAUAUGGAUUAUGGAAUGAAAGAACUAAAUCCAAUUAACAAUGUACGGUUUUACUGCAAGUCUGAUCCAUGCAAGGCUGUAAAAAUCACAAAGGAUCAGGUAUCUCAGCUUUUGCCGGAGAAAUUUGCAGAGCAGAUUGUCCGUGUCUACUGCAAGAGAAUGGAAGAGAAGAGCUUGGAAGCUGCUAAGCGAUAUUUUGUGCAGUGGUGUAUGAACAAAGACUUCUCCAAACCUCAGGAUAUUGAUGUUGUAGCUCCAGAUAUGACUCCCUUGAAGGCCAGCUGGGUUGCCAAUGAUGAAGAUGAUGAUGAGGACUCUCAGCAUGCAGCAAUUGUUCAAAAAUCAAGGAUCAAACUGUUUUCAAACUAAGAUCUCCCUAUCCUGAGAUGUUCCGUUCUGAGCCAAGUGGUUACAUACUAGGUUUUUUUUUCUAGCGCGCUUUUCCUAAAAUCUGUUCUGUUGGGUUACCCCUAAUUAAGGUCACCUUAAUAUAACUGCAAAUGCUUGUUCAUCUCUUGCUAAAUCAUGUGUGUUUUUCUGGGAGGAGAUUGUUUGUUCAUUUAAGGCUUCAUUUACAAGUGCAAAUCAUGUAUUAUUUUAUUUGGUUCUUAGCAAUCCAUGGCAUUGCAUAACAGUGUAAAGGUCACCCUACAAUGUAUCGUCCAGCACCUUUCCUGUGACUCAGAAAUGCCAUGAAGAAUCUACUGCAAUUGACUGCAAUGUUGUGUGACUAGAACUGGCUGGAUAUAAUCUCUGUUAAUUGCUACUACCAGAGAACAGCUAAAGCAUAGCAGCUGCUACGGCAUAAUACAGAAGGACGUGUGUAUGCACUUUUUUAGUUUGACUUUUUAUGUUUUUUGGUUUUAUUCCUAGUUGUGGAAACCAAUCUUCUUGUUUCUAAUAUUUACUAAAUAUUUCCAGGCAUAUCUAUGUACAGAAUAAAUGUCCACAGAUGCUGUUACUCUUA